AUGACCGCAACCGAAACCCAUGCUCGAAUCACGUCAUUAUUUGUUCAAGAUGUGUUCGUCAGUUCAGAAGAGAACGAACUCAAAGCUGACGUUGAGAUCGUCAACGACAGUAAUUUGGCCCAUUCGGCUCAGGUCGUAUUCCGUGGUUACGUCCGUAACGGCAGUACGUUGAUAUAUGAGUUUCUUCACGAACAAGUAUGGUUAUUUAUUCGACCAUCAGAAUCCAAGAUCCAUCAUGUCGCUGUAGAGGUAUGGCUACCACGAUUUCCGCCUUCAAUCAAGCUCCCAAAUGGCUUUCAAGUGGAAUAUUCUGUUCGAGCUACUGUAGAUCCAUGGUAUCAAAAUAAUCAUGUGGAAAAGAUUUUCAUCGUACGACGAAGACUGGUCCUAAAAAUGCCUCAUAUCGACUCUUAUCAGAAGCGACUUAUUAUCAAUCAGUGUGUCAACCAUGGAGCAUGGUACCACAAAGAGUGUAAGCCAAUAAAUGGUGAGAUAUGGUCAGAGAAGGGUAUAUAUUCAUUUGGAGAGACGGUCAGAGUCAGUUGGCGAUUGAAACUUUAUUCGACGCUGGAAAAGGUGAAGCUCAGCCUCAUCCAGCACUUUGCGCAGAGAAAUCCAAGCCCCGAUCAUCCUGAGCUCUUCACAAACCAUGAACGAGUACUCUGUGUGAAGGAAACGACUACAGGGAGCAAAGAACCCCAUCACUGCGAGAUUGUCGUCCCAAAGGAUCUGCCUGUCACUAUGGCGAUGACUCUAUGGAACGUUUUGGUCAUAAAAUAUGAGCUGCUAUUCCAAGUAAAGAUGAAAGGUCAUAAACCCUAUGUGGACUUCCGAAUUCCAAUUAUAAUAGCUAGCGAGCAGGUUAAGAGCAGAACCGGUACACCUGCUGUUGGUAUGGAGCUCUACAAACGGGCCCAGGAUAUCGACGACGACACUGACGACGACGAUGAUCAGGAUUCUGAACUCGGAGAGGCACCGCAAGAACACCAGGACUUCUCUGUGGACAUCGACACCUUGGAAAUCAAAGGCGAGCCAUUGAGCAAAUCCUAUGCCCGUGUCGGAUUCACAGUCAACAGCAAGCAGCCAGAAGCUCUUCGUUCACUGAGGCUUCUUCUUCAAGGAGAAGUACGCGCAGGAUCGGUCUGGUAUUCAUUUAUUCGGUACAAGGCACAUAUCACCUCGGGUACAAAAUCGCUCUUCGGCCCUGGUCAGCAUUCUCUCAAUAUACAGCUUCCUUUCAAAGACUCCCAGUACGACUCCAAUAUCCUGCCACCAAGUCUCGGUGAAGACAUCCGCUACAUUUGCAGAGUGAGCACGAGCUCAUGGACGGCUAAUAAUGUGGCCGAAGAAGUGCUUCUUCCCGUAGAUCGAAUGGUGGACACCUGGGCUAAGGAGAAAUUCAAGGCACCGUAUUCCGAAAUCAUAGGUGCUUAUGGUAUUGAAAUGGAUCAGCGAGCCUUUCAACGAGGAAAAUAUGCCUUUGUUACGGUAACAGGGAAAGUACGCAGGGUCCGAGUGAGCCUUGAACAACAGAGACGUCUGCGAUAUCCGGCACUGAGCAAAGACGAGAGUUACUGUCAUGAGAGGAUCGUCGCAGCUCUGGAAAGUCCCGAAGACAAAGACUUGUGGCCAAAGCAGUGGGCUCUCAGAAUUCCACGGAAUAUUCCGCCCAGCAUAGAAAUUGCCUACUGGAACGUGCUGGUAUUGAACUAUGCACUUCAAAUCAAGCUCACAUUGGAAGAUGGGCACGAACACACCCACAUGGUACCCAUUUGGAUAGGAUGUACGGAUGACAAACUACCACCGCCAGUGAUACCUACAAGAAUUGAAAAGCGAGAAGCCAGUGGACGGUCCAACCAUAGUGACAACUUCCUACCAGAAGAACUCCCUGAGUUUGAAGUCGUCGAAACUGACGAAACUUUGCAUCCGCCUCAAUGGGUUGAUCGAUUUCACGAUCACAUGUACUACUAG